AUGGCCGCCGCCGCCGACUCCGGGCCCGAGCUGCGGCGGAGCUCCAGCAUCGACCGCAUCCCGGCGGAGGCGCGCCGCAUCCUGCACCGCCUCGCCGGCGAGCUCUGGGGCGCCGACGUCGACCCCGCCGCGCUCGUCGUGUACCAGCUCCAGGGCGCCCUCACCAACGAGGUCUUCCGCAUCACCUGGCCCGGCGGCGAGGGCGACCCGCGCAAGGUGCUCGUGCGCAUCUACGGCCAGGGCGUCGAGGUCUUCUUCGACCGCGCCGACGAGGUCCGCACCUUCGAGUGCAUGUCCCGCCACGGCCAGGGCCCCCGCCUCCUCGGCCGCUUCCCCCAGGGCCGCGUCGAGGAGUUCAUCAACGCCAGGACGCUCUCGGCGCCGGAUCUGCGCGACCCGGAGAUUUCCGGCCUGAUUGCCAGGAAGCUGCGGGAGUUUCACGAGCUCGACAUGCCUGGACCCAAGGACAUCUCGCUCUGGCAGAGGCUGAGGCGGUGGCUUGAGGAAGCUCGCAGCAGGUGCUCGACUGAGGAGGCUAGGGAAUUGCGGUUGGAGACGCUCGGCGAUGAGAUUGCGGAGCUGGAGAAUGUAUUGUCCGGGGUCGAUCAGAGAGUAGUGUUUUGCCAUAAUGAUUUGCAGUAUGGGAACAUUAUGAUAUAUGAAGAGACCAGACAAGUGACCUUAAUUGACUAUGAAUACGCCAGUUUUAACCCUGUUGCGUUUGACAUUGCGAAUCACUUCUGCGAGAUGGCUGCUGAUUAUCAUAGUGAUACACCGCACGUGAUGGACUUUACAAAAUAUCCUGACGUGGAUGAACAGAGGAGAUUUCUUGAGGCUUACCUUAGUUCUUCAGGAGAAAACCCAUCCGAUGUAGAAGUCGAAACAUUGCUUGGCUUGAUUGCAAAGUACAGUCUCACAAGCCAUCUCUUCUGGGGUCUCUGGGGAAUAGUCUCGGCGCAUGUGAACAAGAACAUCGACUUCGAGUACAAGGAGUACGCGAGGCAUCGGUUGGACCAGUACUGGGACACGAAGCCUAGAAUACUGCAAGCCUGCAACCCAACCAGCUGA